AUGCUGCAGAGAUUCAACAAUAAUCCGAAUCGCAUCUUGAUCUCAUCCGAUGUUUUGGCCAGAGGAACCGAUUUGAAUAUGGUGGAUUGUGUGAUCAAUUACAAUUUGCCCAGCGAUGAUAAAUUGUUUGUGCAUCGAGCCGGAAGAACUGGCAGAGCCGGGCAUAAUGGAUGUGUUUUGAGUGUGGGAGACAAGGAGACGAAGAGGAUUUUUGUGAAAAUGUUGAAGGUUACCAAUUUGUAUGGUGAUACUGAUGAGGAAUUUAUGGAUGAGCAGCAAUUUGUGAAGGAUAAGGAGAGGUGCGUGUUUUUUUUUCGAGAAAAUUCCACGUCAUAACACUUUUUUAAAAUCUGGAAAUUUUGCAAUUUCUUGGGACGAAAUUUUCACGUCAAAAUCAAGCCAUACAAUUUUUGACAGAUGUCCAAUUCAAGCUGAAAAUACAGAAAUUUCGCUAUAAAAUCCACGUGGCAAAAUUUGAAUUGAAAAUUUUGAAGCUAUAAAAUCCACGUGGCAAGUUUUGAAAUGAAAUUCAAAAUUUUCCUGCAAACGAGGAAGUUUUGCAAAAACAAGAUCAAAAAAUCAAUUUUCCCCAUGCAAAAAUAAUUUUUAAUACAAAUUUUCUGGAGAGAUUUUCUGAUAUGCAAAAUAACGAGGAACUUUUUGCAAAAAAAGCUCGAAAAAUCAAUUUUUCCGAAUAAUUUGUUGAUCAAAUUUUGUGCUAAUCAAAUCAAAAACAUUCACAUAAAAGCGCAUCUCCAACUUCCCAAAAAUCAUCAACUUUUUUCUUGAAAAUGUUGUCAAAAGUUGUGUCAACUCUCUUGGUUUUCUCCACAUUAUUCUUCGCUAUGAUUUUGGCUCAACAACAAUGUACUCGUCAAACUGAUUGUCCAGUUGGUCUUUUCUGUUUGAAAAAUAACCCGGAAGAUGUUGCUUAUUGUCGGCCACUUUAAGCAAACUGGGAUAAUAAAUUUAUUUGCAUUCAGAGUUUUUGUUGAAAAUUUUCUGACAGGAAAACUAUGACAUGGAAUUGGGGAAUUUUUAGGAGAAGCUUGAUUUUCUAGCUCUCUGAAAUAUAGAAAAUUCAUAUUUUCAGAAGAAUUUUAAGCUACUUAUGAUGUGGCAAUUAAUUUUUCAGCUAGGUUAAUUUGAAGUUGAGCUAUGACGUGGCAAAAUGCUCAUUUUUGCCUACUAAAAUACCAAAAUUCUUUGCGCUUUUUUCUCCAAUAGAACCGAACUCUUUUAAAUAUCGAUAUCAGAACAAUGGCCAGAAAUAUUGAAAAAAAAUAAUAUCAAAAUUUUGAAACGUAUUUUUCCAUGAUUUGAAAUCUGGAAUUUUUUUCCUAUUUUUUUUGAGAAAAGCAUUCGUUGAAUUCGUAAGUAAUUGAGCUAUGACGUGGCAAAUGAUUUAAAAGCUUCAUGUUAUGUUGUAAUUUUGCCACGUGGCAAUUUCCAUAAUUUUCUAGUUUGGGAAAAUAUUCAUCCCACUUCAAAAAUUAAGUGACUAGAACUGGAUCACGAUCAACUUUAGCUGUCUGAAAAUUUAAAAUGUUUGAUCUGUAAUUCGUAAUUGGUAAUCCUGCUAAAAUUCCAGACUGAUGCUAUCUUCUAGCCAGUAAAUUAUUUUUGAGUAACAAAAACACUAGAAAAUCUUGAAAGCCACGUCAUAGCUUAUGAAAAUAAACAACAAUUUGAAUGCAAAAUUAUUUAUCGAUUGAUUUUCUCAAACCAAAUAAUUAAUCAACAAUUAUUUCCAACUGGACAAUCAACUUCUUCGAAACUCGAAGGCGAAAAGUCGUAAAUUCUGGCCGAAACCGUGGCGAAGAUUGCGAAAAUGACGAAGAUUUUUGACAACAUUUUUUGUUGAUGAAUUUUUUGCCGAUGGGAUUUUAUGGGAAAUUUUUGAUUUGAUUAGGGUGAAAUUUGAUUUGAGAAGCGAUUUCCACCAUAUUUUUGAACAUUUUCUAUACAAAAAUCAAUUGAGCUAUGACGUGGAAAAAAUUUGAACAGAAAUCAGAGAUUUCUAGCAAUAUAUAGGAAAAAUUGUGAAAUUAAAAUCAAAAAAUUUGAUUUUCCAGAUACCAAAAAGCCAUCGAAAGCCUCAAAUCAAUAAUUCAACCGGCUCAAACUCGAGCCGCUCAAAGAAGUGGUUUCGAAGCGAAACGACGAUCUCGACCCACUGCAAAAGGCGAAAAACCGUGGCUGAAACGAAAAGCUGUGGCUGAAAAUUAG